CAUAAGAGUUUUAGCGCAAUAAAUCAACAAGGCACACAAGCAAUGUGGUAUGCGGAUCCUGCCCGUUUGGGGCUUUAUUUGGGAAUAUUUGUUAUCAUCAUUGGUUCUUGUUUUGAAGUGGCCGAGGGCUCGUCAUUUUCAUUGACAAAAUCGAAACUCAAAGCCAGGAGAGACAAUACCAAAAAGAACAAGAACAAGAAGUCAUCAUCUUUCUCCCUGUCGAGUCAUAACAGCAACAAGAAGAAGUCUUCCAAGGGCGGGCCCAAGUUUAGCCUGACGAACCAAAAUUAUGGCAAGAGUGUCAAACACGGACCAUCUUCAAACCACAAGUGCUCUCACUGUGUCCAUACUCAGAUUAACAUACAAAACCCCUUCUACAAAAAGCCAGAACCGGAGUUCCGAUGUCCCGGUGAAUCAGUAGAGAUGAACUGCCUCAGCUGUACCCGCAAGGUCUACCGGGAGUGCUCCGUGGCUGGGGCCAUCAAAAUCACAGAGGUACGGGUGAAGACUGAGUAUCCCACCUCCAAGAACAAGUGUAAUGUUGGUGCCAAGGAGAAUUUCGGCAUUAUUGGAGGAUCCGAGAUCUGGGUGAACUAUGGCUGCAGGGCCAAAUUCCUCGUCUGCUACGAGAAAGGAGAAACGGAACCCAUGACUAUGAACUGCAUGUCGACGUCACGACGUCAUGAAUGCCCGUACCAGCUACGAGGGGUUCACGUUAUCAUCAAAGUUACCAUGCUCUGGAGCUACGGCACAGGCAGGUGCACGGAGAACAAGUCCUGGGGUCGGGACAAGAAGGGUAUCUGGGUAACGGACAACUGUAGCGCCACCUUUAGGGUAUUCUACACCUAAAACAGGGUCACACUGGUGAUACC